AUGUCUAAGUUGUACUUAUUUUUAGCCUUUGGAUUUUCAUUUCUAGUUCAAAUUCAAAACUCGGUUUCAUUGGAUUAUGGAGCUGCCCUAACAAAAUCAUUGCUCUUCUUUGAAGCACAAAGGUCUGGCAAAUUGCCUUGUAACCAGAGAAUCAAGUGGAGAGGAGAUUCCGCCCUUAAUGAUGGCAAAGACGCUGGUAUGAAUCUUGUGGGAGGAUACUACGACGCCGGAGACAACGUGAAAUUCGGGUUGCCGAUGGCGUACACGGUGACAAUGCUGGCAUGGAGCGUAGUGGAAUUUGGGCCGCAUUUUGAGGCUCGCCAGGAGCUUUCGAAUGCUCUGGAGGCUAUCAAAUGGGGCACUGAUUAUCUGCUCAGGGCCCACCCAAAGCCCAAUAUUCUAUAUGGAGAGGUCGGAGAUGGCGGCUCCGACCACUCCUGUUGGAUGAGGCCCGAAGAUAUGACCACGCCCAGAACUGCUUACAAGAUUGAUGACCAGCACCCCGGAUCCGACCUCGCUGGUGAGACCGCGGCCGCUUUCGCGGCUGCGGGUAUCGCUUUCCGCAGUUCCGAUAGACUUUAUUCGUCUCGGCUCAUCAACCAUGCAAAGCAGUUAUUUGAUUUUGCGACGAAACGCACUGGCGUAUACCAAAAUAGCAUUCCUGUAGCUGGACAAUUUUAUUCAAGCAGUGGCUACGAGGACGAACUUUUGUGGGCUGCCGUGUGGUUGAGACAAGCGACCAAUGACACCAAAUACCUUGAGUUCAUCAAAUCCGCGAAUCCAGGUGGCACCAGAGGAAUGUUUUCAUGGGACGACAAGUAUGCCGGAGCUCAAGUGCUCGUUGCAAAGGAGAUAUUACUAGGAAAACUGCCCAAAAGCGGAAAUUUGGAACAAUACAAGAAGGGUGCAGAAGAAUUCAUGUGCAAUUGCAUCCAGAAAGGGAAUGGCAAUGUGAGGAGAAGCAAUGGAGGGCUAUUGUGGUUCCUACCAUGGAGCAAUCUACAGUAUGUCAAUAGUGCCGCAUUCCUAAUGUCAACCUACGCCGACGUCCUCGCCAAAUCAAAGACCACCAUCCAAUGCCCCGGGGGCAAUGUCGGGUCUAACGAACUAUUGGGCUUCGCUAGGUCUCAGGUGGACUACAUAUUGGGAUCCAACCCGAAGAAAAUGAGCUACAUGGUCGGGUACGGGUCACACUACCCGAGACGGGUCCACCACAGAGGAGCAUCCAUUGUGUCGAUCAAGCAAAAUCCACAGGUCAUCGGGUGCCAAGAAGGUUUCGAGUGGAUGCGCAAGAAUAGCGAUGACCCUAAUGUGCUUGAGGGGGCCAUCGUCGGUGGGCCCGAUCAGGCUGACCAGUACACCGAUUCCAGAGAUAACUAUCAGCAAGCUGAGCCUUCAACCGUCAACGGUGCCCCUCUUGUUGGUGUCUUGGCAAGGCUCGCAUCUUAGAUUCUAACCGAAUAUGUCAUCGUUUCUACUCAACUGCCAAUAAUUUCACAAACUACAUCUAUUAUA